CUUCUUCUGAAUACCUUCUUCUGAACGUACCUUCAUCUCAACGUACCUCUCACUGACGCACCCCUUCCAAAUGUCCCGCGGCAAGCAACACCGCAGAAAGCUCUACGAGCUACAGGAGCCCAUCCCCCUAGACCCCUGGCCAUCGUGUCGGCAACCUCUGUCCCCUUCCUCGGAACCACCCCGCAAGAAGCGCCUCAUCCAUAGAGCUGCAUUAGCCCUGGUACAACAGCCGGCCACAGAACAGGUGGGAGGUCGUAGCAGUUUCUUUAAAUUUCCACGCGAAAUCCGCAACAAGGUGUACCACCACCUCUGGAAGGAUACACCCCACAUGGCAGUCGCGUGUGAUGCCACAAGCACCUACAAGGCAAUCUUACGUGCGAGAGCCGUUAUCACGGCUAUCUACGACUCGUGGCCUGAUCAUAAGAAUGGCAAGUUGGACAACAUACAUGCUCUUUGGCUUGAUCGGACUCACUUUACUAACACAUGCUUCCACAUAGGGUCCAUGAAGACCCUUCCCCAGUGGCUCCUCGCCAACAAGCAGAUCCUCAUCGAGGGCCUCGAGCAAUUUCAAAACCGCGGUGUAUGGUGCGUCUCCGACCCGGCCGAACUUUCUCGGGACCUAGCCAUCCAACAGCUUCUCCAUCCCGCAAUAGCAGAGGACAUGAUCGUGUGCCUGGAAAACAUGUUCAACAUGUACUACUUGGAGGGAUAUCCAACCCGGCUCACACGCCAGUGGGCAAUACCUAAACACGAUUCACUGACCGCUCUCUACCGCCUGCUCCUGGACAACGGCGGUGGCGAGCCUCGCUUGAAGUUGCUCGAGUUCCGCAGCACGACGCGGUAUCUUCGGCUAGACUACCACCCGCAGCUCUACGAGUUCUUCCUUGGGCUGCAGAAAGCUUGUGCCGACGAGGAGGCUGGCGACGACGACGAAGAUGAGGAAGAGAACGACGACCACUUGUGGUACUACUAUCCGGAUAACGCACCCGACCUGGACGUCGUCAUCCACGAUGACUACCCGCUCACGGGCCUCGACGAAGACUUGUUCGACUUGUCCUACCUCGCCCCUCCACCGCAACUGCGUAAGAGUCUCCAACAAUUGCACGUGCAGGCGAGAUUUCCCGACGAUCAUGACGUUCCCCCAUGUGCCGCUCAGGAAAUGAUGUACGGAGGGAUGGCGAAGCUGUUGUGCAUUAUCUUCCCCAACCAUGACAUGUCAACGACUUCUCCACUUCAAAACACUUCAAAAACCACAAAGCUUCCGCCUAAAAGCACGUCAACAGCUCGAAAGAUCCUUGAUAUGACUAGUGGGAGGGUACUGGACUCGGAUGGAGCUGGUGGCCGCUAUAACGGCGCGCGGUGGGAGUUUCGACGCGGGCCAUUCAGGCUGUCUCGGGAGCGCGAACGAGGCGGAGCUUGGGCGGUGCGGAAGAGGGAUGGAUGCGAGGUCGAGUAUUUCCCUGAAUGCCUUGAGCGUUGUCCUUUCUCUGCACCGACGGCACCACCUACGUCCUCGGCCGGAGGCAUACACUCCACGCUCACAUGGCCACCGACCAUGGCCAUGCUCUCGGCCUUAAUGCCCUCGAGAACGACACCCGGGUCCAGGGCCGCGGUCAGAUACUUUAUGAGCCUAUGGCCGCCGGUCGCAGCCUCAGCGUCGGAAUCCAGGUCCGCCGUGGCGACAACACCAUCGCGGUCUCGACUCAGACCGCAGCGCUUGCAACUUCGUGCAUCGGCGGAAUUCCGAUAGAUAUUGCAGCGUUUGAACGUUUCUUGUUUUUUUGCUUCUCUGGAGCAGUGCUAGACUUUGCAACAUUUCAGCGUCCCUUUGUCUCC